AUGGAAGAAAGCAGAGAAGCCAGGGGCAGAUCCGUCCAGACAUUAUUUCUGAACAGUGCCGGAACCCAACUGGAUUUUAGUAUAUAUAAUGUGUUUGAUCAAUUUGAUGAGAGAACCCUUUUUGUGAACAAUGCUCUAUUAAUAUCGAACAAUCUUCUUCUUCCAAGUUCCAAUUUCAACAACUCUCAAGAUCCCCUCAAGCACGUCAGCUACGGCCUCCGAUCGUCGAGCGGAAACCCCAAGGGGACCAUCAAUUUCGGUGACAAGUUUUCGGCUCCGGUACCAGAGCCCCAGAAGAAAGUCCAAGAGCCCGUGAUGGCAAACCGGCCCGGACAUCCCGGUGGUGGGUGCCCGCCACCGCAGCAAGUUUUGCAGCGGCAGCAAGUUGUGAAGCGGCAGCAAGUUGUGCAGAGGCAGCAAGUUGUGCAGAGGCAGCAAGUUGUGCAGCGGCAGCAAGUUGUGAAGCGGCAGGAAGUUGUUGUGCAGAGGCAGCAAGUUGUGCAGCGGCAGCAAGUUGUGAAGCGGCAGGAAGUUGUUGUGCAGAGGCAGCAAGUUGUGCAGCGGCAGCAAGUUGUGAAGCGGCAGCAAGUUGCUGUGCAGAGGCAGCAAGUUGUGCAGCCGCCGCAGCCACGCGCCCGGCCACAGCCACCGCCUCAUCAGCACCGGCAGCAAGUUGUGCAGCCGCCGCAGCCACGCGCCCGGCCAGCGCCUCAUCAGCACCGGCAGCAAGUUGUGCAAGUUGUGCAAGUUGUGCAGCCACGCGCCCGGCCACAGCCUCAUCAGCACCGGCAGCAAGUUGUGCAAGUUGUGCAAGUUGUGCAGCCGCAGAAGCCUAAGAGGGGCGGAUGAGGGAACAUGGCGCUGGGUGUGGGAGCUGGGUUGCUGGGUGGAUUCUUGAUCGGGAAUAUGUUUGGAUCGGGGUGAUGACUUUGUUGUUUGAGUUUUUUCAAUGAUCAUCAGUGGAUUUUGUGCCUUUGUUUCUGUUCAAUAAUCAUCAGUGGAUUUUGUGCC